AUGGAACAGCUACCCUCCGCCGGGAACACCACCAACGGAAAUAUAGGAAAUUGUUGUCUAGCCCUAGCCUCUGUCCUGGGCAGCAAAGUCUCCUUCCCAAACACGCAGCCCUACAACGACUCCAUCAGCACCUAUUUCUCCCAACAAAACUGCAACCUGCACCCACUUUGCAUUGUGUCCCCAACAACAGCAGAGGAUGUCGCCACCGCCAUCAACACAAUAACCUCCACCCUCGAAACCACCAACUUCGCCAUCCGCUCCGGCGGCCACGCUCCCUUCACCGGCGCGUCUAACAUCGCAAACGGAAUCACCCUCGACCUCCGCGGCCUGGACAGCAUAACCGUGAGCUCCGACCGCACGACCGCCUCCAUCGGUGUCGGCGCAACCUGGGGCGAAGUCUACUCCCACCUCGACCCAUUAGGCCUCUCCGUCGCAGGCGGACGCGCAGCACAGGUGGGGGUGGGUGGCCUCACGACCGGCGGUGGGAUCUCGUAUUUCUCCCCGCGAUACGGCUGGACCUGCGACACCGUGACUAACUUCGAAGUUGUCCUCGCCAACGGCACGAUCGUCAAUGCCAACGAGCACGAGAACCCGGACCUGCUGAUUGCGCUGCGUGGCGGAUCGAGUAAUUUCGGGGUUGUCACGCGCAUAGACCUGAAGGCGUUCGAACAGGGCCCGAUCUGGGGAGGAAGCGUUUACAAUUCUAUCGAUACCUAUCAGCAGAAUCUCGAGGCGUUUGCGGAUGUGAACGCAGCGGAGGGGUACGAUGAGUUUGCGUCGCUGAUCACCAGCUUCGGGUAUUCGGCACAGGGCAAGGCUAUAGUGAAUAGUAUUGUGUAUACGAAGGCGGAGGAGAAUCCGGCGGUUUUUCGUCGGUUCAUGGAAAUCCCCAAGCUGUUUGGUACGGUCAGGAUUGCGGGUAUGCAUGAGAUUGUGACGGAGCAGGGGUCGUUCUCGAAGGUUGGGAAGCGGCAGAUGACUGUGGUUACCACUCAUGGUUCGACUCUGCCCAUGUUGGAGGCGGUUUAUCAGCGUUGGGAUGCUAGUCUUGCCGAUGUUGAUGCUAUUCCUGGUAUGGUGUGGGCGAUUUCUCUGGAGCCUUUGCCGCAGGCUAUCUAUGCCCGCAAUGCGUCUAAGAAUGCACUGGGUCUGGAUGAUGUGUCUGGUCCGCUGGUGGUGACGCUGCUCAGCGCAACUUGGGACAAUGAGUCGGACGAUGAGAAAGUGGAGAAAGCUGCUCGUGAGCUUUUCGAUAACAUCGAUAAUGACGCGCGCAAGUUGGGUCUCUACGAGCCUUUCGUAUACCUCAACUAUGCGGCACAAUGGCAGGAUCCAAUCUCCAGCUAUAAGAGCAAGAACGUUGAGCUUCUAAAACGCGUGAGUGAGGAAGUCGAUCCGAGAAGGAUGUUUCAGACGAUUGUACCUGGAGGAUUCAAACUACCGAAGCAUUGA